CUUGGUUUCUUUGUGGGGGUGAGGGGAGAGGGGAGAUGAAAUUUUCAUGAGCGCUUGCAGGGAAUAGACUUCCUAAGAAACCCGAGCAUUUGUAUGCUAUCUCCUGACACAGCCUCUUUAGCAGAAUGUCAGUUCCCAACCUACAAAAGCCUUCGGUUGCUGAGUGUAUAAUUUCAGCUGUUUUGAAAAAUGGGAAAUAAGAGUUGGGGUAUUAUUUUCAACUGCAUGUUGAAGGAGAUGUUUCAUAUUAGAGGUGAAUAGUUCAUAGAGUUCCCUAGCUCUGCUACAGGAUGGCAAGGUACAAGUAGAUACUGGCGCAGCUGGAAAUCUGUUCUAAGGAUUUCAAAGCAGGAUCGAGAGUGGCAGCUGAGGCAAAACAUGACUCUGGCCUAAGGACCUCUUGUCCUGCGUACUCUAAGUUUAAGUCUGAGGAAUAAACAGAAAAUUCUGAGUGGGGGACAAGGUCUCACUUGGACACUUGACAGAACCUACUCAUGCGAAGUAUGUUGUCCAGGCAGCUGUUAAGGAACAGCUGAGGCUCCUGUUUCCUUCUUGAAGCUGAGUUAACACAUUUGUUCUCAGUGGAAUUGCAACAAAGAUGUGAGUCCAGAUGAUGGAUGUAGCUGCUAAAUGUUGUUAAAUAUCUUAUUGCUAAGAAAUGAAUUCAUUUAGAAAGGAUAAACACAGUCGGUCUACCCUGAAGUGAGUCCAUAUAUGCAGAAUCUCACCCUCCGUUCGGAGUCCCUCAGAAGUGCAGAGAACAUGCUGAAGCCUGCUGGUGCUGUGUUACAGUCUAUCAGGUGUUCACUCUGGGGGAGUUCCAGGAGUGCUAAACAUAGCUUCCUUAUCUUCAGCUCCUUGACCUCACUGGAAGCAGAAUCCAAGCAGCGCUGAUGCUUGAAGAUUUCCCACACGCAAAGGCCAUGAAAUUUAUUCACUCAGAAUGAAAAGGAAGGGUGUGCUCCGCCUUGGAAGCUUUCCCCCUGGAAAAGAAGGCAAAAGGUUCAAUCACACAGAAGUUAGUAGUGCGUUAUUUUUGUUGUGAUACGAUUCUGUAGAAGCCAUGCUCCAAUUACACAUAUUUAACUGAUGGCCAGCUCUGCUCUGUCAGUCAAUGUGACUAGGUUUUCAAAGAAAGGAUUAGACUAGAAAGCAAAACUCAGGACUAAAUGAUGAAUGUGAAAUUAAAACAAACAAACAACAACAAAAAAAAACUAGCUAUUUGAUAAGAAGGCUGGCUGUUCUCUACCCUACACGAUUCUAGGGUGUUGUAGAGAAGUGAAUAGGUAAUUUAAACGUUAAGUACUAGCAUAUGGAUGGGAAAAUCCAGGGGACUUUGGCCUGAAUUCAGGUGCCUUGAAUGACUGCAUCCUGCUGGUGUGUUUCAAGCAGGGAGUACUUUAUUUAAGUGUAAAGCAGUUAUUUUUUUUUUCGGAGAGUUGCCACUAGGACCUCAUGUUUGAGCUGAUAAAUUGACUCAGCGAUGUCUUCAGGCACCAUGAUUCAUGAUUAAAUUGUGAAGUAGGCUAUUGAGAUGUUUUUAUAAAUGCAGGUGGUGUUUUUUGGUAUUUAGACAUGAAUCUUCCCCUUGGAAACUUAAGGUAUGGGCUUCCUUCUCUAUCACCUGUGAAAGAGGACUGGUUAGCAGACACUGCAGUGUUUGUCUGCAGUGCUCAGUGUCUUACCAGGUCGCUUGUGUUGUCUGCUCUGAAAGCUACUUAGCUUUGAAUUUUACUCUUUUGCCUUGAUUGCCAGAGAUGUUGAGAAGAAAUGAGUAAAAAUGUUCUAAGAGCAGUUUCUUAUUUAUGCAGAACCUGUUUUUUUUGGCUUGUAAACCCCAUAGAUGAAGCAUUGCGAAUGAGAUUCAGUCUGCCUUUGUGGUUUUGGAGACCUUGUGGGGCUUACCAGCAGAAACUAAAUUGAAAUGAGGAUGAUUCAGGGUCUAGAGACUUGAAAAGUGAUUUUCACCUGUCAGGAUCAUCUGUGGUGUUUGUCCCCCUUUAACGAGGAGCAAAAAAAGCAGCAGCCUUUCUGGUGUGCCCCUUUCUCUGAGAAUUUUGUAGGAGUACUGGUGUAACUAACGUAAUCAUACCACACUGCAGAACUAAAGAUGAGGAAUGAAGGCUUUUUAAUUCUGUUUAUCAACUCUCCUGGUGGCCUUUGAAACCUCUGCUAUUGCCCGUGUUUCCUAUCCUCCACCCUCCCAGUUAUCAGACACAGCCACUUCAUUUUUGAGUUGGGAGAGCUGGGUGGAACUCCUGGGCUGGAGAGCAGGAGCACAGUUCAGUCCAGUUCACUUCAAGCAGAGCUGAAGCCAAGUUUCUUUUUAACUCUGAUAAUUAAAAGCAUUGCCCUUAGGCUCUCGCCUUGUAUAAAAUUAUUUUGAAAUACAUUUUAGUAAUUUGUUAUAAUGGGAACAGCCUGCCUGCUUCUGCAUAAUCUCCUAUUGCUUUAUUUUAUCUUAACUGCAUGCGGAAUUGAAAGUGAAGGCAGCCUAGCAUUUAUAUUCAAUUUGUAAGGUGUGAACAAUACCACAUCAAUCCUCGUUAACAAAUGUUGGAUAUUAACCUGCCCGGGAGAAACUUGAGGAAACGGUACAGUAUUUAUCACAAUUACUGUCUGCCACAUAGAGAGAGGAAAAUCUAGUUUUACAGGUCUGGGGAAUGUCUUUGAGGCAGAGUAAACAAAUGGAGGAUGUAAUUCUUGUUAGUCAACAUUUGGUCCAGGUCAACUUGGAAGAAGUACAGUGCAUGUUUUUUUGCAGUAGUGCAUGCUAAUUCGUUUUGAGAUCCACAGUGGGGACUGGAAACCCAUGCCAUUCUUUGAAUGGCAGUAGUUCCCUGAAAUUACAGAAAAUUGCACUGGCCAAUGUUGGGUUUCAGACCACACACUAAAUAAUGUAAGCUUGUCUGUAGGUCACUCAAAAAGCAAUGCCUCCCAUUUAUUUUCAUGAGAACUACACCCGCUACCAAGAGCACAACAGCACUGUUUGCCAGAACAAAUUCUCACACAGCACUGUUUUUCAACAUAGUCGCCAGCCAUGAGCAAGAGCCUGCAUGCCACGCUUGUAGAAAUAAAUUCCUUUUAUGGUGUGACAGCUGUCCAUGACCUUCCUGAACGUGGCUUGUUGUCACAUCACUGCUGCCCCUGCUGAAACGCAGUGCCUGCCACCUCCCUGUGCACACACCCUCUCUGUGCUCGCCAUAAACAUUCAGCGGGCAAUGUCAAUGGUGCUAUUUUUUUCUGCACGGAGGAAUUCAGUGAUGCACCUUUGCCUCAUCGACACUUCCAUGUCACGCACCGUUCUGUCAGAUGCCCUUCUGCCCCCAUCUGUCUCACAGUAACAACACGUAGAGGAAUAAUGGUGGGAAGGUGGAACCUCUAGUGCCAUAUCACCACCGUCUGCCUCUGUACCAAAACAGGAGGCAUUAUUUUCAGAGUAGCCCCCGUAUUUAGGCUUGCACAGGAUAUGGAACAAGGCCCGUACAAAUGAAGUGUGUGGAUUCACUCCUCAGCUUUGUUUCCUUCGCGUUGAUUUGUUUUGCGUUGCUUUCUCGUAUCCUGAAUCUACUAAAGCAGAAGAAACCAAGCACGUAGUCUGUGUUGGUGUAGCUCCGCAGCUGGGCGCUGGAGCCCCACUACUACUUCCCUCGCCUUGGGCCGGUUCGUUGCCCCGACAGAGAGGUGAGAGGCGCCCGCUGUCCCGCCUGGCGCUCUCGCUGCCCACCAGGGGGCGCCAUAACAGCCAGCGGCAGCGCGCUGCCCGCGCCCCUCCCCGCCCGGCCCGUCCCGCACGCCCAGAGGCGAGGCCCCGCGGCUGCUCCCGGUGAGCGGCGCCUCCCCUCAGCCCUCGCGGAGCGGCGCGCGGCACUGGCCGAGGAGCUGGGCGGUCAUCCAGCCUACAGUCUAUUUUGGACGCCUGCUGACUGCAGCUGCUGGGUGACAGCCAGUGAGAGAAACGCACAGAAGCGAUGAGGAUGGAAGGCAGUAAGUCUGUCUCCUAGGACAAUGGUGGUGGUUGGUUUUCAGUUUUUUUUUGUAUAGGUGUGUUUGAGUUAAUGUCAUUUAUAGCCACGUACCUUGAAUUCUAAUGAAGGGAGUAGUCAAUCUGAGUAAAUCCCUUUGGGCGAGUCUUAGCAGUAUCUCUUAAUAUAUGGGUAUUUUCCUCUGCUUGACUUUCUCAUGGGUUUAGAACUUGAUCUUGCAAGUCAGGAUGAGCAAAAGGUUUGGGGUUUUUGACAGGGCUUGGCUUUGUCCUUUGUUUGCUUCUUCUGAAGUCUGAGCGUUGAGUUAAGUUCGCUCCAGCACUUCAGAAAAUGCUGCUCUGAACAACUGCAAACAAGGUGUUACUAACUUAAUACGGGGCCAGUAGCUCACAGGUAUCCCAAUUAUUGUAAAUGCCACUAAAGCAUUUAUUUACUGUGGUUUCAAGGCUUAAGCACAAUUGGUCAACGGGCUUACUUUGAAGUUAUGAAGGAUUGCUUCAGGAACACUGUAGUUUUAAUUUACAAAGCAGAAUUUGAAUUAUUUAUUUUGACUGAGAGGAAAGAGACAUUUUUAUCCCAGGCAUUAACAUGGCUUUAGGAAGAGGCAGGGGAAUAAUGAGCAAAGCAGCAGUACAGUUUAUGUGGCUUCAUCUUGCAACACUCUGAAGAUAGAGGAAAAGUAUGGAUUGCCUAGAAGGUGUCUGAGAAAAUACGGGGAUUGAAAGUGGAAGUGACAAACACCUCUGUGACUGCUCACAGAGCCCCCUGUGGAAAUGUCAGUCCAGAAGGAUGUGCUGCACAGAGAUACCAAGCGUAUGGUGAGAGCCAACGAGAAACUGCACAAAAUGGUGCUGGAGGAUGGAGGCAGGUUUUGCCAACACCAGCCAAAAAAAUAUAUGUGGAAGAGCAAGGAGAGACUGCCUUGCUUCCUUUGAAGGAAUGCGUUUGGAAAUGAAUUUGAUUGAUGCUCAACCAACCUCCUGUUUCUUAGAAGCCAACAUCUUAAAGAGAGGGAGAGAGAGUAAAAAACUAGCAGAUCUGUUUAGGGAGUUGCAUCGCCUCUGUGCAUCAAUGAAGAGUCCAAGCAUGGCUUUGUUCAAGCAGCAGAAGGUGGAGGACGUUUAUGAAAUUGGGGAAGAACUAGGAAGCGGCCAAUUUGCUAUUGUGAAGAAAUGUAGAGAAAUAAGCACCGGCUUGGAGUACGCUGCUAAGUUCAUUAAAAAGCGCCAGAGUCGGGCCAGCCGUCGUGGGGUGAGGCGUGAGGAAAUAGAACGGGAGGUGGCCAUUCUGCAGCAGACCCUACAUGCCAACAUCAUCAAGCUUCACGACAUCUAUGAGAACAAGACGGAUGUGGUUCUCAUCCUUGAGCUAGUGUCUGGAGGAGAGCUUUUUGACUUCCUGGCACAGAAGGAAUCUCUGAGUGAAGAGGAAGCAACCAGAUUCAUCAAGCAGAUUUUGGAUGGUGUGAAUUACCUUCACUCGAAGAAAAUUGCUCACUUUGAUUUAAAGCCUGAAAACAUUAUGCUUCUAGACAAGAAUAUCCCUAUUCCACACAUCAAACUCAUUGACUUUGGCCUGGCUCAUAAAAUAGAAGAUGGAGUUGAAUUUAAAAACAUUUUUGGAACUCCAGAAUUUGUAGCUCCAGAAAUAGUGAACUAUGAACCGCUGGGGCUGGCUGCAGAUAUGUGGAGCAUAGGAGUCAUCACCUACAUACUGCUUAGCGGUGCAUCGCCUUUCCUUGGAGAAACUAAACAGGAAACACUUGCUAACAUCACAGCUGUGAAUUAUGAGUUUGAUGAAGAAUUUUUCAGCAAUACCAGUGACCUGGCAAAAGAUUUUAUUCGGAAACUCUUGGUGAAGGAUACACGGAAACGGCUUACAAUUCAGGAAGCUCUGUCUCAUCCGUGGAUAACGACUCACCAGCUGAAGGAAGAAACAAAAGUUGAAGAAAACAAGAAGGUUGAGAACACACAGCUCAAGACAAAACGACUGAGAGAGUACACCAUAAAAUGCCAUUCAAGUAUGCCUCCGAAUAACACCUACAUCAACUUUGAGCGCUUUGCCCGGGUAGUAGAAGACAUUUCAUUUAUGGAACGAGAGGUCAGCACUUUGGCUGCAUCCCACGAUUCUUUGCAGGAGGACAUCGAUGCUCUGGUUUCCAUUUAUAAUGAGAAAGAAGCUUGGUACAAAGAGGAAAAUGAAAGUGUGAGGCACAAGCUGUCUCAGCUCAAAUAUGAAUACCGUAAAACUGAAUCCCUGAAAAGACAUCUACAAGAUGAUAUCAAGACUGUAGGUGCCAGUCUUACAGGCAUAACUGGGAAAUAUGCUGCUCUGCAGAGUCAGUAUGAAUCUCUCAGUCAAGAGCUUUCUGAGGAUCUUAAGUGGAUACAGGAUUUAAUGAGUAAUUUUCAACUGGAAAAUGGAAAUGAGGCCUGUGUGAAUGGAAACUUUGACUCUGUUUUCAACAAAGAUAUCAAUGAAUCCCUAACGGACCUAUUAAAUAGAUCGUGCUGUGAAGAAUUCCUUGCAGGGCUGAAUCUCAAUGUAGCAGAAUCAAAUCAGUAAUGUUCUACAUCAGGUUACAUGCGGGCUUUGCUGCCUCACAAUGUACAGCAGUUAAAAAAAGAUAAUAAAUGUUUCAGUGCAUAAUCUCUGCACAAAAACAUCACCUAGAACUGAAACAGAAAUUCUGAUGCAUUGCACAAGCUGCUGACCGAAACCAUAAAUGCCCAGUGUUAAAGUUUGUAGUGUUUAAGUUCUUUCCCAUGCUUGGUGUCUGAAUUUACAGGAGCUGGGUUAUCACUGUAGUAUGGACCACAGCUAACCCUGCAGCCUUUUGCAUUUCCUACAUCGUACUUCAUCAUAUAUUGUAGUUCCUGAAGUUCACUAUGUAGUGAAUGCAGAAAAGAGAGUUCAGUCUGCACUUACUGGGCUGGGUGCCUAGAAACCAAUAAAGAGUUAAUGAUUGCAUCUCCAUUUGGAUGAAAGAAAUAGUCACGUAGAGCUGCUGUGGGCAGUAUUUCCAAAGGUUAAAUCUGUGCUAUAAUACAAAGUAAAUGAAUUAGCAGUUUAGUACUGUAGAAAUUCUCUGUGAGAAUGGCUGCUGCUGAAGAACAGUUAAAAUCAGGCAUUUCAAGAUGAGGUUUUUAGGCCUGUUACUCAGCUUGGGAUCUUCUACCAUCAGGUGUUAGCUAAUGAUUAAUUCUUUCAUUCAAAAUUCAGUGAAGUUUCCUGUCCCAUACUGAAGAAACUUACUCCAAAGACAGAAUUAUGAGUUUGUAAUGAACUGAUCAAAUUACUGUGUAUACCAUUUUGCAGUGCCAAUAUUAAAAUGUGAGUGAUGAUAAGCAGUAACAUAGACGUCUGAUUUGCUUUCUACAGUAAAGAUGAUGAGACAGAACUGCAACUAAUUUAAUCUACCAUGCGGGAUUGGAGACUAAUGUUCUUGCUGUGAAGUUGUUGGGUUUCUUUUAAGUUUUAGAAAGUAAGAGAAAAGUUGGCCCCAACUUGAAUCCUGCCUUGCUGUCUUGUAUUUCGAAGAUUUCAGUUGAUCAUACUGUAUAUUCACAGACGUACCUGUCUCAUUUUUCAGACUCAAUAAAUUGUUCUUUAUGCAGGAUGCAAUUCUUCCUUCAUGAUGUAGUCAGUGACGGAAAAGGAGAUGUGAGGCUUAUGUGUACUGGGAAGAGUUGCUGGGCAGCUGCUUUAUGGCCUCUUUGCUUAGCUGUAUGAAUUUGCUUCAAGAUAACUGUUACGCAGAUACAGGAAUUACAGAGGUAGUAGCCAGGCUUCCCUGCAUCCACAUUCAGGUCCAUCCAGAGUUGACCUCGAUAUGUAUUAGAACGUGUCUUUCACUGCACAGCCUCUCUCCUCCCCUUCUUGAGAAGUUAAUAAUCUCACUGAAUUGAACCACUGUCAUUCAUAACAUUAAAAAAAAAGUUUCCUACUUUGAGAUAAAAAAGGUAGAAGCAUACUUUCAUCCAGUUUGUGUAGGGUACAGUGCAUCUGUCACUGUCCUUGUGAAGACAUACAGAGGCUGGAAGUGAAGGGUCCUGAAAACAGUUGCUCAGCAGGGGUGGUGUUAACACUGUCAUUGUACAUUGUACAAAGAUGGAAACUGGAAGUGCGCUCUGUGGCAUAUUGCUUUGCACAAGUGGUAAAAUUUUAGAUCGCCAAGAGAUGCCCCUCACGUGCUGAUGAUGUUGGCCAGGGAGAACUGGACUGCAAAGUGCCAAGCAGUAUUGGAAACAUUAACUGUCUCACCUUUUGAUAGGCUGUGAAGGCUUCAGUCGUCAUUUCUGCAGGUUCCUUGGAGCUGCAAGACCCUGGAGAUGCUGUCCAGGCAAACUGGAAAAUUGGACUGGUUUUUGUUGUUGUUUUUUUUUUUAAAGAGAGAGUUUAAAUUUUUAAGAAGAAAAUUAAAGCCUAUUGAGAGUCAGCUUCUGCAGAAAAGACCCUCAGUAAGGAAAGUAAGUCUGCCUCCUCUCAGCUGUCAUCUCACAUCCUCUGAUGUGUGUAGACUUUCUUGAGGAACAAAUGCACUGACAUGAUGAGAAGGAGCAUGAAAUGAGGCCACUCUGUUCCUGAGUGUUUGGGUGAGGUCAGUAUUUUUGUGACUCAGUCCUUGAGGUCAGUGCUCUCUGAGCUGAAGGAGGUAAAUACCACGCUGUUUUUGAGAAGGUGUUCUGAUGAUUGAGAAGAUGACAAGGUUGUUGUUUGCAGGCUGCUUAGCAAUUGAGAGACAGUUAUUAACAGUUGGGAGCACUGUAAAGCGAGCUAUUUUGAUUUGGCGAUGGCUCUGCUGCCAAAAGGGCACACCGAAAUUUUUCAUAACCAUCAUAUAGCUGACAUUUAGACCGCGGCAUUUUUUCCACUUCAGACUCAUUCUACAAGAUUUUGUUCCAUCAUGCUAGCUAUUUGCAGCAUGGGGAAAUGCAUUCAGUGCUUAUGUGUCCCAGUGGUGGGGGGACACCCGGGAGUGGUGUGUACAUCUAAGUGGGAAAGGGGCCUAGCUGAUAACUUGGCUCUGACUUGCACAAAUGCUAUACCUGUAGCAUCUGAGGAGAGAAGUGAAUUUUUUGUCUCAUAAACACUUCUUUGCUGGAAAAUGGUUAAAUACUCAGUGUUGCAUUGUCUGUUCUCCUUUGGUACUCCUCCUCUUUCAGCUGUCUGCCUUGAUUGCACUCUAGUCCAGUUCAGUGUAAGUAUUUCUGGGUUGUCCACUUCCUACGUAAGCAAAUCAGAUCUGCUGAAAUGGUGGUCACUCCCUGAAUUCCAUAAUCGUUGAAGAACUGUCUGCCAGCCUCUUCCUUUUCUUUUACCAGAUCUAGUAUUGAACUUUGUUUUUGUCAUUCCCAGUCAAAUACAAUUGUCUGGUCUGUGCAUAUGUUGAUGUGAUUUUGGAGUUCAAAGGUAAUUCAUUUUUAGCAUCUGCAGAAGAUCUGUUCAUUAACACCACGGUGACAUCCCAAAAUACUGGACAUGUGUCUGAAUUCUUACGUAUAUAUACAUUUUUAAUUCUUUCCCUCUUCCUUUUCUCCCUCCACCAUAUAAUUAGAUGUUUUAGUUUUUUCCUUAUGCAUUUACUGCUAAGGUGCCGGGGUCUUCUGCUCUCAUAUUCUGAGGAUGGUUAAAGGACAAAGCCUGAGCUGUCUUCAGAUGUGCCGGAGUGUAUGUCUUGGUAACUAACAUGAGAUGACAGCUUAACUUUUUAAUUGUGAUAUUUUCAGCAAAGCAUCCUGGAAUGAGAUUGGUGGAAGGGAUAGGAGCUGACAAAGAGGGAGCUGGGGUUGUUCGGUACCAGAAGGAGAGAAGGCCGGGGGCUGCUUAUCAGUCUGCGUAAAUACCUGGUGGAAGGGAGAAAACAGACUGAGCCUGUCUCGUGGUAUCCAGUGACAGGACAAGGGGCUGCGGGCACAACCUGAAAUAAAGAAAUUGCAUUUAAAUACUGAAAACAAACCAAAAAACUUGUUUACUGUAAGAGAAGUCAGACACUGGAAUACUUUGCCCAGGGUGGCUGUGGAGUCCCCAUCCUUUGAAACUGAAGUGAGAUGUGGUUCAGGGCAAGCAUCAUAUGGGGCAGAGGCGCUAGAAUAAAAUUAAAAGCCCAACACUGGAAGUCAGGAGAAGGCACUAAUGUAUCUUUGGCCCUAUGGUGUCCUUGUAAGGGGACAAAUGUGGAAAAAAAAAAAAAGG